CCUCGGACUUGCUUCCCCCUGGCGGGUCUGCGCUCGCCGCGGCCCCUGCCCGGGCCGAGGACCGAGGGGAGGCGCAGCCGGCCGCAGCAGCAGCAGCAGGAGCGGGCGCAGCGUCCGGCGGAUGGUUUACAUUCUUGGCAUAGCUUCUCCCAACCGCAGGCCGGGGCCCGGGCCUCCUGCUCCUCCUCCUCCUCCAUCGCCUCCUCCUAUCCUGUGAGCCGCAGCCGGGCUGCCAGCUCCAGCGAGGAGGAAGAGGAGGGCCUGCCACAGCCGCCCGGGGCGCAGAGUCCGGCCUACCACGGCGGCCACUCCUCGGGCAGUGACGAGGACCAAGACGGUGAGGGCGGCCACCGCUGGGGAGGGAGGCCGGGGCUCAGGCCUGGAAGCUCCCUAUUGGCUCAUGACUGCAGGCCUGACAGUGAUGGGUUAAAUCUGAGCAGCAUGAACUCAGCAGGGGGAUCCAGGAGCCCCGAGCCCCCAACAUCCCCAGGAGCCCCUAGAGAGGAAGGACUCCGGGAGUGGGGUACUGGUUCUCCGCCCUGCAUCCCAGGUCCCCAGGAGGCACUGCGACCCCUGUCCGACACUGUGGGAGGAGCUUUCCGUGUGGCCAAGGUGAGCUUUCCUGCAUACCUGGCCAGCCCGGCAGGCUCCCGCGGUAGCAGUCGUUAUUCCAGCACCGAGACCCUCAAAGACGACGACCUGUGGUCUAGCCGCGGUUCUGGCAGCUGGGGCCUGUACCGCUCUCCUAGCUUUGGAGCUGGGGAAGGGCUCUUGCGGCCCCAGGCUCGAACCCGUGCCAAGGGACCUGUGGUCGCCGCCAGAGCGUUGAGGGAUGGAGCGUUGGAGCUGGACAAGAGCAGGCAGCGGAAGUCCCUGUCCAAUCCCGAUAUUGCCUCAGAGACAUUGACGCUGCUCAGUUUCCUGCGUUCAGACCUCUCAGAGCUGAGGGUCCGAAAGCCUGGUGGGGGACCCGGGCACCGUGGGAGCAGCCCCCUAGAUGGCAGAGACUCACCAUCAGCAGGUGGCCCCGUGGGGCAACUUGGGCCCAUGCCUGCCCCAGCCCCAGCAUCACCCAGCACCCGCCCUACACUCAAGGACUUGACGGCCACCCUGCGGAGGGCAAAGUCAUUUACCUGCUCUGAGAAGCCCACGGCCCGCCGCCUGCCCCGCACCAGUGCCCUGAAGCCCAGCUCCUCUGAGCUCCUGCUGGCAGGCCCUGGGGUGGAGGAGGAUCCACUGCCCCUCGUUGUCCAGGAUCAGUAUGUGCAGGAGGCCCGUCAGGUGUUUGAGAAGAUCCAGCGCAUGGGUGCCCAGCAGGAUGAUGGAAGUGAUGUCCCCCCUGGAAGCCCUGACUGGUCAGGGAACAUGACCCAAGGCCAGCGGUCCCAGGAGGAGCUCUCAGGCCCUGAGUCCAGUCUGACAGAUGAGGGCAUUGGGACAGACCCUGAGCUUCCUGUGGCAGCCUUUUGCAGCCUGGGUACCACAGGAGUAUGGCGACCCCUCUCCUCAUCCUCAGCCCAGACGAACCACCGUGGCCCAGGGACUGAAGACAAUCUGGGCGGGUGGGCCCUGGUGUCCCCUGAAACCCCUUCCACACCAGGUGCCCUCCGCCGGCGACGCAAAGUCCCAACUUCAGGCCCUAAUGGAACUGAACUGAGCAAUGGAGAGGCAGGGGAGGCCUUCAGGUCCCUGAGUGACCCAAUUCCCCAACGUCACCGGGCUGCCACCUCUGAGGAGCCCUCUGGGUUCUCUGUGGACAGCAAUCUCCUGGGCUCACUGGGCCCCAAGACAGGACUGCCAGCGACACCCGCUCUGGAUGAGGGCUUGACCAGCGGUCACAGUGACUGGUCUGUGGGCAGUGAAGAGAGCAAGGGAUAUCGGGAGGUUAUUCAGAGCAUAGUUCAGGGGCCUGGGGCCUUGGGGCGUGUGGCAGACGACAGAGUUUCUGGCAAAGCUCCCAAGAAGAAAUCUCUGAGCGACCCCAGUCGCCGUGGGGAGCUGGCUGGGCCUGGAUUCGAGGGCCCUGGAGGGGAGCCCAUCCGAGAAGUCGAGCCCUUGUUGCUUCCAUCCAGCAGUGAGCCCAUCCUUGCAGAGCAGCGGGCAGAGCCAGAAGAACUCAGUCCUUCCAGGGGCCGGGCGCAGUCUGAGAGGGCCCUGCCUGAGGCCCUGCCUGCCUCUUCCACUGCCCGCCGAGACUUUCACCUUGACCCCAAGCUGGCUGACGUCCUGUCCCCGCAGCUCAUCCGCCGAGGCUCUAAGAAGCGCCCAGCUCGGAGUAGUCACCAGGAGCUGAGGAGAGAAGAGAGCAAUCAGGACCAGACUGACUGCCUGUCUCGAGCCCAGCCCUCCUCCAAACACGUCCGCCAUGCCAGUGUGCCUGCCACCUUCACACCUAUUGCGGUGCCCGAGCCACCGACCUCUGUCGGCCCCCCUGUGGCUGUGCCAGAGCCCAUGGGCUUCCCUGCCCGAGCCCAUCCCGUAUUGCAGGCACCAUCACUUGAGGACGUCACCAAGCAAUACAUGCUGACCCUCCACUCAGGCGAGAUCCCUGCCCCAGUGCCCGUGGACGUGCCCCGCUUGCCUCUGGUUGCACCACCCUCUGCUGAGGCCAAACCCCCUGAGGCAGCCCGGCCUCCAGAUGAGCCUGCCCCAGCCAGCAAGUGCUGCAGCAAGCCGCAGGUGGACAUGCGGAAGCACGUGACUAUGACCUUGCUGGACACCGAGCAGUCGUAUGUGGAGUCGCUGCGCACCCUGAUGCAGGGCUACAUGCAGCCGCUGAAGCAGCCAGAGAACUCCUUGCUGUGUGACCCGUCUCUGGUGGACGAGAUCUUCGACCAGAUCCCCGAGCUCCUGGAACACCAUGAACAGUUCCUGGAGCAGGUUCGGCACUGUGUGCAGACGUGGCAUGCUCAGCAGAAGGUGGGAGCCCUGCUCGUCCAGUCGUUCUCCAAGGAUGUCCUGGUGAACACCUAUUCUGCCUACAUCGAUAACUUUCUCAAUGCCAAGGACGCCGUGCGUGUGGCCAAAGAGGCACGGCCCGCCUUUCUCAAGUUCCUGGAGCAAAGCAUGCGAGAGAACAAGGAGAAGCAGGCGCUAUCUGACCUCAUGAUCAAGCCUGUGCAGCGGAUCCCACGCUAUGAGCUCCUGGUGAAGGACCUCCUGAAGCACACACCUGAAGACCACCCGGACCACCCACUCCUGCUGGAUGCACAGCGGAACAUCAAGCAGGUGGCUGAACGCAUCAACAAGGGCGUGCGGAAUGCAGAGGAGGCAGAGCGGCAUGCCCGUGUGCUGCAGGAGAUCGAGGCUCACAUCGAGGGCAUGGAGGAUCUCCAGGCCCCUCUGCGGCGGUUCCUGAGGCAGGAGAUGGUCAUUGAAGUGAAGGCAAUCGGGGGCAAGAAGGACCGGUCCCUCUUCCUGUUCACGGACCUUAUCGUCUGCACAACCCUGAAGCGAAAGUCAGGCUCCCUGAGGCGCAGCUCCAUGAGCCUGUACACAGCAGCCAGCGUCAUUGACACGGCCAGCAAGUACAAGAUGCUGUGGAAACUGCCGCUGGAAGACGCGGACAUCAUCAAAGGGGCGUCCCAAGCCACCAAUCGGGAGAACAUCCAGAAGGCCAUCAGCCGCCUAGAUGAGGACCUGACUACCCUGAGCCAAAUGAGCAAGCUAUCUGAGAGCCUCGGUUUCCCUCACCAGAGCCUAGACGACGCACUGCGGGACCUCUCAGCCGCCAUGCACCGGGACCUGUCAGAGAAGCAGGCGCUGUGCUACGCGCUUUCCUUCCCACCAACCAAGCUGGAGCUGUGUGCCACACGGCCCGAGGGCACCGACUCCUUCAUCUUUGAGUUCCCCCACCCUGAUGCCCGCCUUGGCUUCGAACAGGCCUUCGAUGAGGCCAAAAGGAAGCUGGCAUCCAGCAAAAGCUGUCUAGAUCCUGAGUUCCUGAAGGCUAUCCCCAUCAUGAAAACCCGCAGUGGCAUGCAGUUCUCCUGUGCGGCACCCACCCUGAACAGCUGCCUGGAGCCCUCACCUGAGGUGUGGGUGUGCAACAGCGACGGCUACGUGGGCCAGGUGUGCCUGCUGAGUCUGCGCGCCGAGCCCGACGUGGAGGCCUGCAUCGCCGUCUGCUCUGCCCGCAUCCUCUGCAUCGGGGCCGUGCCCGGCCUGCAGCGCCGCUGCCACCGGGAGCAGCCUCCGUCGCUUAGGAAUGCGCCCGAGAUAGCACCGGAGCCUGCCGGGCCGGAACUGGAUGUCGAGGCUGCCGCAGACGAGGAUGCCGCGACGCUGUCAGAGCCGGGGCCCCAGCCCUGUCUGCAUAUCUCCAUUUCAGGCUCAGACCUGGAGAUGGCGCCAAGCCCGGCCGAGGGUGACCCCCGCCCAGAGCUGGUGCCCUUUGACAGUGAUUCUGACGACGAGUCUUCGCCCAGCCCCUCGGGGACCCUGCAGAGCCAGGCCAGCCGGUCCACCAUUUCCUCCAGCUUUGGCAAUGAGGAGAUCCCGAGUUCCAAAGAGGCCACGGCAGAAACAACCAGCUCCGAGGAGGAGCAGGAGCCUGGCUUCCUGCCGCUGUCUGGCUCCUUUGGGCCUGGCGGUCCCUGCGGCACCAGCCCGAUGGAUGGGAGAGCCCUUCGCCGCUCCAGCCAUGGUUCCUUCACGCGGGGCAGCCUUGAGGACCUGCUGAGUGUCGACCCUGAGGCCUACCAGAGUUCCGUGUGGCUGGGCACUGAGGACGGCUGUGUCCACGUCUACCAGUCAUCCGACAGCAUCCGUGACCGCAGGAACAGCAUGAAGCUCCAGCACGCAGCCUCUGUGACCUGCAUCCUAUAUCUGAAUAACCAGGUGUUUGUGUCCUUGGCCAAUGGAGAACUUGUGGUCUACCAAAGAGAAGCAGGCCGUUUCUGGGACCCCCAGAACUUUAAAUCAGUGGCUCUGGGCACUCAGGGGAGCCCCAUCACCAAGAUGGUGUCUGUGGGUGGGCGACUGUGGUGUGGCUGCCAGAACCGAGUCCUUGUCCUGAGCCCUGACACGCUGCAGCUGGAGCACACGUUUUACGUGGGGCAGGAUUCGAGCCGGAGUGUGGCUUGCAUGGUAGACUCCAGCCUGGGCGUGUGGGUGACGUUGAAAGGUAGCGCCCACGUGUGUCUCUACCAUCCAGACACCUUUGAGCAACUGGCCGAGGUAGAUGUCACACCUCCUGUGCACAGGAUGCUGGCAGGCUCAGAUGCCAUCAUCCGGCAGCACAAGGCUGCCUGCCUGCGGAUCACAGCACUGUUGGUGUGUGAAGAGCUGCUGUGGGUGGGCACCAGUGCCGGUGUUGUGCUUACCAUGCCCACCUCACCCAGCACUGUCAGCUGCCCACGGGCGCCCCUCAGCCCUGCUGGCCUUGGCCAGGGACAUACCGGCCAUGUCCGCUUCUUGGCUGCGGUCCAGCUGCCAGAUGGCUUCAACCUGCUCUGCCCAACCCCACCACCUCCCCCAGACACAGGCCCCGAAAAGCUGCCAUCACUGGAGCACCGGGACUCCCCUCGGCACCGCGGCCCUGCUUCGGCCAGGCCUAAGAUGCUGGUCAUCAGUGGAGGUGAUGGCUAUGAGGACUUCCGACUCAGCAGUGGGGGCAGCAGCAGCAGCGAGACCGUGGGCCGAGAUGACAGCACAAACCACCUCCUCCUAUGGAGGGUGUGACCCUGUCUGUCAUGGCCCAGGACGCGCUCACCCGCCUGCCCUCAGCCUGCUUGCCUCUUCCUAGCCCACAUGCAGAUUUUGACCAGGCGUGUCCAACCAGGGGCACACAUGGGCCUGCGCGGGCUCUGUCCCAUCUUCACAGAAGCAUUCCCAAGGGAACGCCUGCUGGCUAGCCAGGCCAAGGCCUCUCCUGACCCUCUGGCUGCUCCAGUGCUCCCAGUCAUGAUAGGAUGGGGGACAUGUGGGCUGCCCAGGACCUCUAUCCCUGGAGCUUCUACCAAAGACACGGCUGGGCAUGGACUCCAUGGGGCUGGGGAGGGCCAUGUGCAAUAUUUGGAGGAUUUUUCUGGGGCAGUAGGAAGGCUGGAGAAUUUCCCAUGUACAGUAUUUAUGUUUCCUUUUAGAUGUG